AUGGAAGAGCUCCGGCUACUCGAUGGCGCCGGACAUAAAGAUGCCGGCAGAUUAUACCGUGUGGCCAUGGAGAAAAGAGGUAUUUUUGGAAUAGAUGGCGUUCCAAUCGAGUACGCGAGGGCACAAACCGAUACACCGGCGAAGGAACCAUGGAAUCAUGAAUGGAAAAGGGCUUGCACAGGAACAUCUGGAGGGGAGUCAAUCAUAAGAGAUAAAUGCCAUGGAAGAAAACAUGCGCGACUUGUAUAA